UGUAGGCUUAAAAAAAGUUAAAAUGUCAAAAAUAAUUGCUAAUUUUUACAUGUUAUAGUUAUUAACUUGGAUAAAUUAACACGUUGAAUAAAUGUUAACAUUGGUUUUAAAAUUCUAGUUUGUUUUAAGUCAAUUAAACACUUUUUGUUGACGGAAUAGGUCCUUUAAAAACAGGCUUGUUUUAGCCAUUUUCAGGAAAUGUUCCAGGACUUUUGAUGUAAAUGUAGCAGUUGCGACGUUAGCUCAAGUAUGCUCUUAUGUGGGAGCCGAGUCAGAUGGUGAACUUUUAGCAGUGGAGUCAGCAGGAUGUCGAAAUCAUGUUCUUGUUUUCGCUGUGUACGUGAGUACACGCACGCUUACGAUGGACGCCGAGUUACAGCUCAUGAGCAAAAAAAAUAUUCGAGUUCAUAUUAAAGCUGCUUCUUAACGCAGACUGGCGUCUCCAAUGAUCUGAAUGAAUAUAUUAUAUGCUUAUUUUUAGCAUGUGGUAUCAUUCCACUCUUCCUUGUGCUACGUCAUCAGUCAGCUCCGGGAGGAUCUGAGUCUCGCGGUGGCUACCGCCUCGACCACACCAGUAGCCCAUCAAAACAAAUCGCAGUACAGCUUUAGUUUAGGUAGGUCCCCCCUCCAACAGAACCAUCGGACGGCGAGGCGAUACACUUGUCCUGUCACUCGUCUGAAUGUAUGAAGGGAAAAUCGCAAGCGUUUUCCUCUGACGAGCUUUUUACACAACCCACACUGGUUGUUAUCAGGCUCAGCGAUGUCCGACGCUAGUGGCACAGCUACAGACAACAACGGAGACUCUGGGCUCAACGGGUCCUGGGUGGAGUUGGAGAUGAACAGAGGCGCUACAGGGACAACCCAGUCCUCUUCCACAGUCAGUCCUGCUUCGGGCCUGUUGCCCCUUCCUCAGGUGGAGGAAGAGGAGGCCAUGGUGGGGGCACUGGAGCACGUCCCAUCCUCGUCUUCCAUCCACAACGGUGACAUGGAAAAGAUCCUGCUGGAUGCCCAGCACGAGUCAAGCCGAAGCAAUUCUUCAUGCGACAGUCCUCCGCGACCCCACACUCCCCAAGAUGAAGGUCAAAUCAUCUUCGAUGUGGACGUGACCAGUAGAAGAGACAGUCAAAUCGAAGAGGAUGUCUUGGACAAGGAGCGGGACAUGGACAUCCUGAUGAAGGAUGCAGAUUGGGUUGCUGACUGGUCCAGUCGACCGGAAAACAUUCCUCCCAAGGAGUUUAAUUUUUGUCACCCUCGACGCGCUGUGACGCUGAGCAUGAGGAAGACUGGUGCCAUGAAGAAAGGAGGCUUCUUCUCUGCUGAGUUCCUCAAAGUGUUUAUCCCAUCGCUGCUGGUUUCACACAUUCUUGCCCUUGGACUUGGAGUGUACAUUGGGAAGAGGUUGACCACGCCCCCCACCACCUCCUUCUGAAGCUGAAACUGAAGAAAAGUGCCUGAGAAGUAGCCGGGAGCCAGAGAAAGUGUUGCUGUCAAUUGAAGACUUUCUCCUGCUUCUUCUCCCCUGCUUGCCCCCCUCCUCCCUCCUCCUCCUCGCUGAGAUAUGACAUGUUCUCAGGAGAAAUGCACCCCCCCACCCCAUCCCCGCCAUCUCUUUUUGACUGGCUUUUCUGAAACAAAAUAGCCAACUCCCCCCGCCCCUUACAUCCACUCAUUUGUAAAACCUUUUCAAAGAGUGCAAUGGCUGUUUUAAUAGGCUUGUUUUCGAUGGGUGACUUUUCUUUCAGAAAAGACAGUAAAUGGAAAACUUGGGCUUGGAUAAGUGCGUGCGAGCCCCAUGUGCGCUGACAGUGUUUUCAAGGUUGCGUCUCUUGGGCUGCAGUGUUGCAGGGUCCAGAAAGGUUCAGAUCAUGUUGGGGUUUUUUCAGUUAAGCAGCUUUGGCUGCAACAUAUCAUAAGAGUUAAUCGGGUCGUGAACUCGCAUUCAGGACACAAGGCUGUGCUGUUGGAUUACUUUUUGUCUUUUGUGUCAGAUUGAAGUUACUUGAAAAGAUUUGGCACCAAAAUACAUGGUCAGAAAUGUAGAUCAGAGUUACGUUUUGAACAUUUAGUUCAGCUGUUUCUUGAAAAAUCAGAAUUUAAAAAACAUUGGCACUUUUUUUUCAUAGAUAGAAGCAUUUUUUUUUUGUCUUAUUUAUCUGGGUAACAGGUUGUCGUACACGGACCUGUUUUUUAUCAUUUUGACAAAAAAAAAGAAGCACCAAAGCCUUUCUGAAAUUGGCACAAAUCCUCCGAUGUCUAAUCAACAUGGCCGUGACUUUUAAUUAUUUCACUUAUCAAGGCCCUUCUCCAUUUGUGAUUGAAACACAUGACUGACUGACAGUGUUCCAAGCUUUAUGUACUUCCUUCUCUGGGUGAGUGGGAGUAAACUCGGGCCUUGACCCGUACUGACAUUUGACCCAUCAUCUAAAUGCCAAAUGUGUCGCACGUGGACAUGCAGUGUAGACGAAAUAUUGAGCAUUAAUUGCAAAGAGGUGGUUAAUGACUCUUUGAAGAGAUGAGAGGUUAAAGUGUUCUUCCUGUUUCGUAGACAUGUUUCAUUUCUUUAGUGCUCUUAACAAUGUCACCACUAGAUCAGUUGUGAUGAAAUAUUUUUUUUUUCCAAAAAUAACAGCUAUCUAGUUAGCAGAGUGGUGAUUUUGAUUUAGCUAUCACCAUAUUAACUUGAGCGUGAAUUAUUAUUUUUUUUAGUUAAUAUUUCUUCUCCUGUGUAUUUGUGCAACAGUCAGAAGGGUCAGGAUGCCUCCCUUUUUUUUUUUUUUUCUAAACAUGAUCAUGAGUCGCCUUAGACACGUUCCAAACUAAAAGAAACUUUGCGUUGACUGGUCCUGAUAAGAGAAGGAAUUUGGAGAGCGCUCUCACAGUGAGAUUGUCUAACAUGAAUUCUUGUAAUACAUUUUGCUUUAUUUUACUUGUCCUAUUCCAUUCAACAAAUGAUAAACAUUUUGUCAUUAAAGAUAACCUGAAUGACUA